AUGGCGAGCAACGCGCCGGCGCCGAGGGCCGUGCACCUCAAGAGUGGACGAGAAUUGAGUGCGGCUCUCCGACGAGGAGUUCCCAUGGAAACGGAGAAAAAAUUUGGAGCUGGAGCCAAUAAGCAUCCGCCAACGACCAUGAACACGGCGAAACUGGACCGAGAAACGGAAGAGUUGCGACACGAGCAUGUUUCUUUGGAUGUGGCCAAGUUGAUCCAGCAGGGGCGGAACGCGAAAGGCAUGACGCAGAAGGAGCUGGCCACCAAAGUCUGCGAGAAGCCUCAAGUGAUCGCUGACUACGAAGCCGGCCGAGCGAUUCCGAACCAAAUGGUGAUGGGCAAGAUCGAGAGAGCUAUUGGACUAAAGCUGAGAGGCAAGGACAGAGGACGACCGGUUGAGCCUCCUGCACCGAAAAAGAAGUGAAAACUCUUCUACUCGGAGAACCUGUGCAGGAGGCGUGGGGAGGAUGGAGACGAUGAUGAGUCCGGGAGGGAUUGUUCAAGUUUCAAGAUUUUUGUCUCGUCUAUUUUCUUUUCUUCCACGUAAUUGGAAUAAAUUAAUCCAAAUUCUCUCCCCUUACCCCCCGCAACUGUCGACCGCAGGAUGUGCACUUCCGGGAUGCUGCUCUUCUCGGCGUGUGUUUUUCUGUUUUUAAUCUCAACAACAGCAAAAAAAAAAAAAAAAGUUGGAUUCUCUCGGGGGGGAGAAGAAGCGUUGCAUGUGUUUCGGUUUUGCUGGCGUCGGCUUCGUCUAAGUGAUGGUUUUGUUCCUCCCGUGGAUAAUGAAAAGUUUGAAUGUAACGCGAAAAGAAGAACCCUCGUUCUGGACAAAAAAAAAA